UUGAGGCAGACUGGAUAGUUAGAGCUGGUGUCGCUGUCAGUGCGCGGAGUCACACACUGUUUGCCCGUUUGGCGUUUUUUUUUUGCCAAAGACGCUCAUGAGGUCUUGGAGGUUUUAAACAAAAUUGAUGGUUACCAACUAUAUGCCUAUUGCAUGGACUAAGAGCAACGAUCCUGAUGUGAAAAAGGGGAAGGUCCAGAAAAGAGGCGCUCUCUUCAAUCCUGACAUCCACACAACUCCUAACAUUGUCCGUUUCAAGUGUCACCGGAAAACUGUCAAAAGCUUGAGCCAUGCCCUGCGUCCAGGCUCAGUAUGGAUCAUCACCUCAAGGAGCCAGCCCCGCUUCCCAGAGCUACAGCUACCACACCGCAGGAGAGUACAGCUGCGACUUCCUAACACCCGAGUUUGUUAAGUUUAGCAUGGACUUGACCAACACUGAGAUCACAGCCACCACUUCUCUGCCGAGUUUCAGCACCUUCAUGGACAACUAUAACACCAGCUACGACGUAAAACCGCCUUGUCUGUAUCAGAUGCCGCACUCUGGAGAGCAGUCCUCCAUCAAGGUGGAGGAUGUCCAGAUCCACGGCUACCACCAGCAGAGCCACCUGCCUCCCCAGUCGGAGGAGAUGAUCGCUCACUCUGGGCCUAUGUACUUCAAGCCGUCCUCGCCUCACUCCCCGAGCACGCCGAACUUCCAGAUCCAGUCCAACCACAUGUGGGAAGACCCGGGCUCGCUUCACAGUUUCCACCAGAACUAUGUCGCGGCCACGUCUCACAUGAUAGACCAGCGCAAGAACCCCAUGUCGAGACUUUCGCUCUUCUCGUUCAAGCAGUCCCCGCCCGGCACCCCCGUGUCGAGCUGUCAGAUGAGAUUCGAUGGGCCGUUGCACGUCUCCAUGAACCACGACGGCCCGGGUGCAGCGCACCGCGGCCUGGACGCGCAGAGCUUCGCGGUGCCCAGCGCCAUCAGGAAGCAGGCCGGUCUGGCCUUCCCUCACUCCCUACAGCUCGGACACGGGCACCAGCUGGUGGACAGCCAGGUGCCGUCACCCCCUUCCAGGGGAUCGCCGUCAAACGAGGGUUUAUGCGCGGUGUGCGGGGACAACGCAGCCUGCCAGCACUAUGGAGUGAGGACCUGCGAGGGCUGCAAAGGAUUCUUUAAGCGCACCGUUCAGAAGAAUGCAAAAUAUGUGUGUUUAGCCAAUAAAAACUGUCCUGUUGACAAACGCCGAAGAAAUCGGUGCCAGUUCUGCCGCUUCCAGAAGUGCCUUGUCGUCGGAAUGGUGAGAGAAGUUGUCCGAACAGAUAACCUGAAAGGACGGAGAGGACGCCUACCAUCCAAACCCAAAAGCCCACAGGAGCCCUCCCCGCCUUCGCCACCGGUGAGCCUCAUAAGCGCGCUGGUUCGGGCCCAUGUUGACUCCAAUCCCUCCAUGUCUGCACUGGAUUACUCAAGAUUCCAGGCGAACCCUGACUACCAAAUGACCGGAGACAACACUCAGCACAUCCAGCAGUUCUAUGACCUCCUGACGGGCUCCAUGGAGAUCAUCCGAGGCUGGGCGGAGAAGAUUCCGGGCUUCUCAGAACUCCCGAAGCAGGAUCAGGAUCUCCUCUUCGAAUCUGCCUUCCUGGAACUCUUCGUCCUGCGGCUGGCGUACAGGUCCAAUCCGGUGGAAGGGAAACUUAUAUUUUGUAAUGGAGUGGUGUUGCACAGACUGCAGUGCGUCCGUGGGUUUGGAGAGUGGGUGGACGCCAUCGUGGAGUUUUCUUCCAACUUGCAGAGCAUGCACAUAGAUAUCUCGGCUUUCUCCUGCAUCGCAGCUUUGGCCAUGGUGACAGAGCGUCACGGGCUCAAGGAACCGAAAAGAGUCGAGGAUCUCCAAAAUAAGAUCGUCAACUGCCUGAAGGAUCAAGUGACAUUCAAUGGCGGCGGUUUGAAUCGGCCCAACUACCUGUCAAAACUCUUGGGGAAGCUCCCCGAACUGCGCACACUUUGCACCCAAGGUCUGCAGCGUAUCUUUUACCUAAAACUAGAGGACCUAGUCCCCCCGCCAGCAAUAAUUGACAAACUUUUCCUCGACACCCUACCUUUCUGAGGGGAAAACUCAAAGAACUUCCACAAAAAGACUCUCUGAUGCGAACUUAACUGAUGGUGUUUGGCCCCCUAUUUUCCUUUUCUGAAAUUCACAAGCUAAUUGAACAAUACGUAAUGAAAAUUCAUGGAAAAAUAUCAGAAAUGAGAUGCUGAGAUUUUAAUCGCUAUAUAUCUAUUCUUUCUUUCUUUCUUUCUUUCUUUCUUUCUUUCUUUCUUUCUUUCUUUCUUUCUUUCUUUCUUUCUUUCUUUCUUUCUUUCUUUCUUUCUUUCUUUCUUUCUUUCUUUCUUUCACAAUACAGUGUAAUAUAUCCCAUUUCUAUAUACAGCAUAUAUGAAUACACACAGCCACACGCAUAACUGUAUAUUACGAUAGAUUACACGGUGCCUCAAAACGCAUCGGUUUAUAACAUGUGUACAGAGUUUGUUAUAAUGAAGAAAAAAAAAACUUUUCUCUCCUGUUUUUCCUUUUGUUUUGGACUCGUGCCUAUAUAUGUGUUUCUGACCGGAUUCCCAAAAAGUAUCCAGAUAAGAUAACGCAUGUUCCAACUUUUUUUUUUUCUUCAUUCUCUUGUUCUUUUAUAGGCACUUGCUAAGGUGAUGUCUAUAUAUAGAAAAAUAUACCGGACACUAUGUAGUCUGCUAGAUUUGAUACAGAUUCGUAGUUAUGGCAUUCCUUAUAUGGACACAAAUAUCUCAUCAUCUGUAUAGAGAAACCUGAGGGGACCCCCAUGGUGUUUGUAAAAAAAAAUCAAAAAACAAAAAAAACCUGUCAGACAUUCCUCGUUUGUAUGUGCUGUAAGUAUUGUUGCUGUUGAAUAUAAACGUUUCUAUAUAUUUAUUAUUUCUAUUGCCAGGAGCUACACUAAAGCAUGGUGCAAUUUAAACGACUUAAAAAAAAUCCCUCCAUCAAAGUUCAUGCUGAGCACGUUGUCUAAGUUUUUUUUAAUGUCUUUAUGAGCGUCUAGGUAGCUAUAAUUUAACACGUUUGGAAGCGGAAAAGGGAAACAGUGUGUGAUGUAGGCCUCCCUCUUUUUGGCAUCAUUAUGUAAUAAUUACAACUUGUGUAAACGCUUUCGGUGCCGACUUCGAAAACUUUAGAGAGAAAGAAAUAUUUAAUGUUUACAAAUAAAACUUUGAAAACAAUU